AACACUUCUGAACAUUAUUUCAGCUCACAGCAGCACAAACAAACAAUUCCUCUUUCUUCUGUUUGAUUUUCAGCUUUUACACAGAAGCAUAUUCAGGAUGAUGUAUCAGGUUCACAUUUACUAUUAUGGCAAGAAAGCAGCUUUAGAUGUGUCAAGUUCACUUGAAGAGUUUCAGAACACCACCAUUCGAGAGCUGAAGGUGAAAUUCUGCACUUUACAUCCCGGAGAUUAUGCACCAGAUUCAAUAUGGGUGUUUUAUGCCAGAGAAUGUCUGGAUGAUGACAGAACUCUUGGAUCUUAUAAGAUUGAACAUUUAUCUGCUCUUUUCUUUCUGUUGAGAACGCCCGUUGGAGGAGGAGGUUCAUAUUGUCUUUCACGUCCUGGAGCUGCAAUGGAUGAGGGAGGAUCAGAAAUCACACCGGAUAUGAGGAUUGUGCUGCUCGGCAAGACUGGAGUUGGGAAGAGUGCAACAGGAAACACCAUCUUAGGAAGAGAAGCGUUUACAGCAGACUUAUCCCAAGACUCCAUCACUAAAGAUUGUCAGAGAGAAACAGCUGAACUCAACGGCAGACACAUCGCUGUGAUUGACACUCCAGGACUGUUUAAUACUGAACUUUCUAAUGAAGACAUCCAGAGAGAAAUCACUAACUGCAUCUCAAUGAUACUGCCAGGACCUCAUGUGUUCAUUAUUGUGUUGAAUUUAGGACAGCGUUUCACUCAAGAGGAGGCGAACUCAGUGAAGAUCAUUCAAGAGAUGUUUGGUAAAAACUCUUUAAUGUACACCAUGAUACUCUUCACCAGAGGAGAUUAUCUGAAGAAUAAAAACAUUGGAGAGUGUUUGGGAAAACCAGGAUCUCCUUUGAUGAAGCUGAUUGAAGAGUGUGGAAACAGAUUCCAUGUGUUCAAUAAUAAUGAGACUUCAGACCGCACACAGGUUUCUGAUCUACUGGAGAAAAUAGACGCCAUGGUGAAAGCAAACGGAGACAGUUACUACUCAUGUGAGAUGUUCAGAGACAUGCAGAGAGAGCAACACAGAAAACGGAUCAUGGGCCUGGAAGAAGAUUUCACGAUGAUGAAUGAACAAGGUUCAUAUUGUCUUUCACGUCCUGGAGCUGCAAUGGAUGAGGGAGGAUCAGAAAUCACACCGGGUUCAUAUUGUCUUUCACGUCCUGGAGCUGCAAUGGAUGAGAAACAAUCAAAAAGCCUACGGGGUUCAUAUCGUCUUAAACGUCCUGGAGCUGCAAUGACUGAGAGACGAUCAGAAAUCACACUGGGUUCAUAUCGUCUUAAACGUCCUGGAGCUGCAAUGGAUGAGAUAGGAUCAGAAAUCACACCGGGUUCAUAUUGUCUUUCACGUCCUGGAGCUGCAAUGGAUGAGGGAGGAUCAGAAAUCACACCGGGUUCAUAUUGUCUUUCACGUCCUGGAGCUGCAAUGGAUGAGAUAGGAUCAGAAAUCACACCGGGUUCAUAUUGUCUUUCACGUCCUGGAGCUGCAAUGACUGAGAUAGGAUCAGAAAUCACACCGGAAUCAGUUCGUCAUUCACGUUCCAGACCUGAAAUGGCUGAGAUAGGAUCAGAAAUCACACCGUUGAGUAUCACAGCUGCAAUCACACCCAUUUAUCAUGGUACAGAUAUUCCACUCCAAAAGAGGACAUUUCAGUGA